CUCCUCAUGAACUACUACAGCGCCUCGGUCUCCGUCACCGUCCAGUUCCAGAAACUGCCCUUCCCUGCCGUCACCAUCUGCAACAUCAACCCCUACAAGUACAGUGCCAUGAAAGAAUAUUUAUCUGAAUUGGACAAAGAGACAAAAAAAGCUUUGGAGACUUUCUACGGAUUUUCUGAGGGCAAGACCAAGGUGCGCCGGUCAGUGGACGAGUGGAACAGCACAGGGAGUGACUUCUUCCAACAGAUCCCUCUGCUGAAGGUCGAGGACUUCUCUAGGACAGCAACAGACCUGCACAGUGGGCAGAAGAGGAAAAUAGAGGGAAGUGUCUUUCACAAAGACUCGUCCAUUGUGAACUCGGGUGAUUCCAAUGACAUCAUUGGCUUUCAGCUGUGCGACGCGAACAACAGCAGUGAGUGUGCCCUGUACACGUUCAGUUCGGGGGUUAAUGCUAUCCAGGAGUGGUACAAGCUGCAUUACAUGAACAUCAUGGCACAAAUUCCCCUGGAGACGAAAGAAAAAUUGAGUUAUUCUGCUGAUGACCUUCUACUGACAUGUUUCUUUGAUGGCCUAUCUUGUGACAAAAGGCACUUCACUCGUUUCCACCACCCUCUCCAUGGCAACUGCUACACCUUCAACAGCGGUGAGAACGGGACCAUCCUGAGCACCUCCACGGGCGGCAGCGAGUACGGAUUGCAGGUUGUUCUGUACAUUGACGAAGCAGACUACAACCCCUUCCUGGUGACGUCCACAGGAGCCAAGAUCAUUGUCCAUGACCAAAAUGAGUAUCCCUUCAUCGAAGACAUUGGCACGGAAAUUGAGACUGCAGCAGCCACCUCCAUAGGGAUGCACUUUACUCGGUCUCGUAAGCUGAGCAAACCCUACAGUGACUGCACGGAGACAGGAGCUGACAUACCCGUGGAAAAUCUCUAUAACAAGAGCUACUCCCUCCAGAUCUGCCUGCACUCCUGCUUCCAGAAGGCCAUGGUGGACUCAUGUGGCUGCGCCCAGUAUGCACAGCCCUUGCCCGCGGGGGCCGAGUACUGCAACUACAAGAAGAACCCAAACUGGAUGUACUGCUACUACAGACUGCACGAGAAGUUCGUGAAGGAGCAGCUGGGCUGCCAGCAGAUCUGCAAAGACGCCUGCAGCUUCAAGGAGUGGGCGCUCACCACCAGCAUCGCCCAGUGGCCAUCCACCGUGUCAGAGGACUGGAUGCUUCGAGUUCUCUCCUGGGACAAAGGGCAAAAGCUCAACAAGAAACUGAACAAGACGGACCUCGCCAACCUCAUGGUGUUUUACAAGGACCUGAACGAGAGAUUCAUUUCGGAGAAUCCUGCCAACACACUCGUCAUUCUCCUGUCCAACUUUGGGGGCCAGCUGGGCCUCUGGAUGAGCUGCUCGGUCGUCUGCGUCAUCGAGAUCGUCGAGGUCUUCUUCAUCGACUCGCUCUCCAUCGUCAUGCGGCGCCAGUGGCAGAAGGCAAAGAAGUGGUGGAACGACCGCAAACGGGCCGGGCCGGGGAAGCCUCCGCAGGCCGGGUGACUGGAGAUUGUGCAUCACGGGGACCUGCCCACCUUCAAUGCCCUGCGCCUGCCGCUCCCCAGGACAGCCCCUGCCAGGCAUCCCCCCCCCAACUACAGCACUUUGCUGGAGACAGCCUUCACCGAGCAGCUGCCCGACACGCUGGAGCUCGGCCCCCACUGACGCCGGUCACACACCCACCCAGGGGCCCGAGGAGGUGGGUGAUGGACCAAAGGUGAAAGGCGUGGAUCCAAACAAGCACUGAAGGGCUGUUGGGUCAGACCCUUAAUUCAGGGAUUGAACUGGCAGUCAAAGCUGCCCUGAGCAAAGCUCAGACACAAAAGCCAAGGGCUCAGAGACAUUAGGAGCUUCAAGCAACACCAGUUCUCAAGUUAAUGAUGGCAGAAGAUGGCUGGAGCAGGAUGUGGUGCUGAGCUGGGAUGUCUCACCAGGCAGAGGUACACAUUAGCCACCAGCUGCACACACCCCAUUGCAUGUGAGCAGGAAUUGCUCCAUAGCAGAUUGAUACCACAUUGAGGAUUAACACUAAUUACUCUCUGCUGUAUGGCUGGACUUGUGGGAAAAACCCCAGGCUGUCAGGAAUGCAGCCUGGCAUUUGUAGGAAGGGGCAUGACAGAGGCUUGGGAAGAGCACAAAACAGAUAAAAGGAGAGCCCUCACUUGAAUUUUCAUUAGAAACCUGUUUCCAAUGAUAGCCUGAGGAGCUCUUUAUUCUGAGGGGAAGAGCCAGGAUAGCCAGAGAUGGGGUUGUAGAACAAGUUAUUUCACAGCUGGGGUAGGAGACCCUGAGUCAUCCCCAAAGAAUCAUCUGAAAGGGCACAAAAUCCAAUUCAGAGCACAGUAAUGAAGUGCAUCUUCUGCAAGCUUGUUCCAUUCCACAUCACUCAGCCAGCCCUUAAACAUAACUUCCAAGGAGCUCAUUAAGUGACUUCCCAGAAGCCUCAUAGGGAGCUGGCUGCUCUCUUCCUGCUCAACCUCAGGCAAGGACUUCCUCCUGCAGCCACCCAGUUCCCCACCUGCUUGCCCUGGAGCUGGCAGUGCCUGGGGGAUGGCAGAGCCAGGCAGGGCUGCAGUGGCAGCCAGCAGAUGCCUCACCCCACUUGUGCCUUGUUCACCUUGCCCACACCUGUGCGGAUCCAGAGCAGCAUCAGCACCCACGUUUCACCCCCUGUGCUCCCAG